AAAUAGUGUUUUUUCACAUAACUUCAUCUUGGAUCCGUAAGAAACAAAUUUUGGUCUGAAAAUCCUUGCGUUUGCGGGGUGUAAGAUCUGGUAUGCUCCGUCGUCUGUGAUUACUUGCAAGCUUCGCUUCUUCUCUUUCCGAAGCUCACACAGUCACAUAUGGAUCCCAAUCAGCCUGUAGGUGAAAACUACGCCAAUCCAAAGACCUGCUUCUUUCAUGUUCUCUUCAAGGCUGCAGCCUUGGCAUUUUACAUUCUCUCGGCCCUCUUUAUUAAUAAUUUUGUCAUCAUUUUUGUGGUGACAGUCCUUCUUGCCGCCCUUGAUUUUUGGGUUGUCAAGAAUGUGAGUGGGAGAAUUUUAGUUGGUUUGAGAUGGUGGAAUGAAAUAAAUGAUCUCGGUGAGAGUGUUUGGAAAUUUGAAUGUCUUGACCACGAGUCAUUGGCUCGGAUUAACAAGAAAGAUUCAUGGCUUUUCUGGUGGACCCUUUACCUUUCGGCAGUUGCAUGGGUCGUGCUGGCUAUAUUUUCGCUCAUAAGGCUUCAAGCCGAUUAUCUCCUUGUUGUAGGAGUUUGUUUGACCCUCAGCAUUGCAAAUAUUGUUGGUUUUACCAAAUGCAAUAAAGAUGCUAAGAAGCAGAUUCAACAAUUUGCCUCUCAGACAAUUGCCUCUCGGUUCUCAUCUACCUUACAGUCAGCAUUCAAUGUUUGAUUAUCAUAGAUGACUGAACCAUGCAUUAUUGGAAGUAUUGAAAUGCGGUGGAAGUUUGUACAUGAUGAUGAUUAUUUCGGCCAGCAUCAUAUUCGAUCUUGACUACCUAUCGAACUUGCAUAGCUACUGAUUACAACAAAUGCAAAAUUUUGUACCUUUUAUAAGAAAAGGCUUGAGUGAGCGAGACUUAGAUAAUCAAAUUACAUAGUAAAACAGUUACUUAUUUUCGGGUGUAAAUCAUGUUUUUUUGUAUUCUUUUGCAUCGGAGGUUUAAGAUUUAUAUUCUGUGCAACGAACUUUUACGGCUUAUUAUCAUGAUAUUGAGUCAUAAAUUGGUGGAUAAUGU